AAAGGGCUCUCUCUUUCCGGCAUCUUUGCUGCCAAUAUGGUGAACCGCGGGCGUUCAGGAGGGUGCAUCACUUGCAAAGAACGACGCGUCAAAUGUGACGAGGCAAGACCGAAAUGCCAGGCGUGUCAGCGGCUCCAGCUUCAUUGUGGAGGCUACAAGACGAAGUAUGCAAAUCUCAAAUUCAAAGACCAGAACCACAAGUUUGGCACCCAAAGCGUUGUGGUCCGAGGCGCCACACAGCAGAACCGAGCCUAUAACCUGCGACCACUGAGUGAAACCGACACGGCCGUGCCGUUUUUUCUUCACCAUUACGCCAGAAUUGGUCGUGACAUAAGCUCCGCGCGCGGGUUCUUCGAGGUGCUCAUUCCAAUCUACUGCUCGCAGCGGCAGGACUCCGCACUCUCAUUAGCUGUGUCAGCUGUCGCGUCACAAGUACUGUCUAUCUGGCGACAUGACAACUCUCCUCUGCCGCAGGAGGCUUACGCCCAGGCUGUCAAGUGUCUUCGGCGUACAAUACAGGACCGCCGUGAAUGGGGCAACGCAGCAACGAUGCUGGCGGUUGUAUCACUGCAGCUAUUUGAGAGUAUCGUCGCGAUAUACGGCCUUCGCCCAUCCACGCAGAUACACCAUAACGGGGCAUUGUCUUUCCUUCCAUUUGCCAAUGCAGGCGAUAACAAUGAAGGCGCAAGUGCAUAUGUUCGACGAUUUAUUCUUCAUACAGAAAUAUGCUCGGCAAUACACCAAGGAAGACAAUUGCAAACGAUCGCAUCUUCGUGGAUCGGAGGCAACGGCCUGUUCACCGUAUCAGGUAACCCAAGUGCUGCACUUGAUGCCAUCGGAGUGUCUGUUGCUAGGCUACAGGCCAGGCAUUUGAAGCUGGGACUACAGAGUGGUCGCGUUACGUUGUCACCGGAAGCUCUGAGCGAAUGCAUUGCCGAGACAAGACGCGUCGAUCAACAAUUGCUUACUUGGGCACAAUGCAUGCCCGACCAUUGGCAGCCACUGAAACUUACAAAUGGGUGGAACAUCGAUUCAUCGAUUCCGGUUUAUCAAUCCACGUGCGAGAUCUACCCCUCCUGUCAAAUCGCAGCAAUCUGGAACUUGUGGCGCAUUCAACGUAUCUUGAUUGUCAAGAUUAAACUCAGCUUGCUCGAUGCCACCUUGAACACUUGGCAAAGUGACUUCGAGUGCGAUGGCAUGUCGUCGAACCUUCAGGAGUUGGCCGAGCUUCAGCACAUUUUGCAGGAGCUGGUCGAUGGUGUGUGUUAUAGUGUGCCCUUCUAUCUCGGCAAUCGAAGCAAGCCAUUAAGCAUUGCCGACUUCGCUGACCCCACAAUUUUGCUUCCAAGCUCACACUUUCCGGGUCGUAACGGAAACUGGAACAAACAAAUCUACCACCACGACCCUCGGGUGGCGGUGGACGAGCACAGGCGCCACAUCAUCGCCCAAGGGCCAUGGCACAUUAUGAGUCCACUCAGCCGGCUGUUGACAUUCUGCUUCGAAGAGUGUGGUCCACCGAUGAGAACUUUUUUCAGACCGGGGCAAUACGAGUGGAUCCGCGAUCAGUUCCUGCGGGUUACCACGCUGCUUCACAUCCCCCCUGUGGAGGCUAGCACUCAUUACGGGCGCGGUUCCCUGUCGAAGAUUCUUGACCCGAGGUCCUCAGAUACGAUGGCCGAGAACCUAGCAACAGGAGUUCGGAAAGGUGCAAUUUUCAUGAGUGGACCAUAGCAUCUCUUGUUGCUAACUCAACCAUUCAUUCUACCUGCUUCCGAGGGUGGGACCGCAUGAAAAGACUUCCCCCCUUUGAAAACUGAGAACAUGUCACCGUCAUCCAAGGCCUUAAAUGAAUCGUCGUGAUGUUUGCAUGAAAGCAAACUUAUAAACUCACUGCCUAGAACUGACGGGAUGCAUUUUUUGAAGGCUUCUUUGAAAGGUCAGAUGCAUUGGCCCGCUUGAAAAUGAGGGGCAAGGCAUCGAACACCUUCAAAAAAAAAAAAAAAAAAAAAAAAAAAAA